GCCCAAGCAGCGCAACGCGCCAAAAUCCACUCCCCUCGGCGCGCUGCAUUGGGCAACCUAUACUGACACGCUUCCUUGUCCGUUUAGCUCCACGCUCCCGUCAUCCACACCUCCAGCGGAUGAGCGACUAAACACUCGACUUCGCGACAAUGACUGGAGGGCGCGGUCGCGGUCGAGGCAACGGCGGAUUUCGAGGCGCAACUCGAGGUCGUGGAGGGUUCAACAAUGGCACGCAUACGCCGAAUAAAUCGAAUGGGCUCGACGCGCUCACGGGCGGCACCGUUGCAAGACGGGACAAUGGUCGCGGGAACAGCAGCGGUGCGGGCAAAAGUGGGCGAGGCGGCAGCAGUAACGCAGGCGGAGCAAAGAAGGCACAAGAGCAGACUCCUGAGCCCGACGGCUACACUGGCAUUCGAUACUCCCCCACGCAUGCGAACAACAAGGACCCUUUGAAUUCCACACCGUACAAACGACACGAAUAUGAACUGCGAUUCGCAUAUCUCAAACAUGCACAAGCGUUCAAGAAGCAAGAGCAGAUCGCCAAGGGCCAGAUGGAUCCCGAUGGACAGAUGGACAUGAGCCAGAGCGUCGAUAAGCAUGGUCUUUGCGAAGACUUGUGUCCCGAGUAUGAACGAGUUCGACGAAUCGUUCAGAACGACGUAGCGGCCCCCGAAUAUUCCAAGGAAACCGCCCAUGGACCGCGUCUCCAGCGGGAGGUCGACGAAGGCCGCAUGAUUGCGGCACAUCACCGGUCGUCCGCCGGUGAAGACCUCACACUCAUGUCCGAUCUUCGCACUCCAGCGGCGCUCCGUAGAUCAAUGGAAGCAAUGAUCAACCGGUUGAAAGAAGACUCGUUUGAAUAUCUUGAUGGGUGGAUAUGGGACCGAUCGCGAGCCGUGCGAGUAGAGCUCAGUAAGAACUACAGAAGACGAGAAGACACCGAAUCAUUUCUUGCCUGCUACGAGAUGUGCAUCCGCUUCCAUUUGCUCAGCAUGCAUCAGAUGUUGCGGAGGAGCGAGGGAGUCCAGUACGACCGACAAACCGAUUGGGACCAGCUCGCGGCCUCUUGCAAUCAGAUCAAAGAGUUAUGGGACAAGAUAAAGGUGUACGAGCCUGAAGACGGAAAAACACCCUGCCCGCUUGAGGCGUCGCGUGUGGCCGAGAUUCACGCCUACAACAUCAUUCUGGGCCUGAAAGAGCGCGAUCACCGGGAAGAGAUUCGUCGUCAUCCUAAAGUCCGGGUUGCACAAGCCCUUGUCCGAGCCGCCCAAGAUACGAAGAACUACACCACUUUCUGGAGAAUGGUCAGGUCAAGCCAGGUUUCCUAUCUCAUGGCAUGUGCGGCUGCCACCCGUUUCAUGUCCAUUCGAUCAGACACCCUGGAAGCAAUGGUCAAAGCCUACAUGGUGCACAAACAAAAAGUUGACGACUGGACAUUGGAGAAGCUCGUCGACAUCUUUGGUUUUGAUGACGUCGAACAAGUCCGCACUUUCUGCAAGGCCUACGAGGGCGAGUUCGACCUUAACGCUCAAGGUGCCACCUACUUACGACCGGAAACGAUCACAAUGCGAAAGGACCCUUUUGGCAAGGAUCACUUCUUCUCGCAAAAAUACGUCGAGUCCAAACGGGGCGGUCGUAAUCUGGCCGCAGUCUUAUUCGGAUACAACCUGCCGCGGGCCGGCCAAGAAGGCCUGCUUGAACCUAUUUCAAACCAAGAUGAGGAUUCAUUAUUCAUCCCAGAAUCCCGGACCUCAUCGGCAGUCUCAAAUCCCUUUGCAGCUGCAGCUGCAGCUGCGCGAACAUCUGCACAGCCGUCUACGAUGUUUCCUUCAGGCAUACAACCAGGUCUAUUUGAUGCAUCGAAGAAUAGCGUCAAGUUUGCGCCAACACCCAGCGCUGCGCCCUCAACAACCCCGGCGAAUCCUUUCGCCGGCGUUGCAGCCAAGCUUAAUGUAAGCGGGCAACCAACGAUACCCGCGGCUGGAUUCCAAACAACAUCCACCGGAUUCCCAGCGCCCGCGACCACGGCGUCUCAAGGAUUGUCUGCCAAGGCAAGUGCUUUCACGCCGUCUGCCAAUGGGAACCCUUUCGCAUUUUUGGGAGGGCAAAAGGCUCCCGAUGCACCCACAGCUUCGAAUGGCGCUGGAACAUCUGUCCCUGGCGCGUCUAUAUUCUCAACAUCAACAGCCCCCUCGAACACAUUCACUGGGUUCACAAUGCUGGGUUCUAUCCAACCCACACCGUCCCCGGCUCCCACAAAUGGGUUGCCUACAUUUGCGGCAUCUAGUGCUCCAUCUGCUUCUUCAACUGGGCUUGGGGCGCCCACAGCUGGACUAUCUUUUGCAAAACCUGCGGAGACAGCCCCCCCACUUGUCACUGAAGACGAACAACGGAAGAAGGCUCAGGAGGAGCAACGAAAGGCGGACGAAGCCCGACAGAAGGCGCAAGAGGAAGAGCAGCGCAAGGCACAGGAGGAACAACGACGGGCUGCGGAGGAAGAGCGACGAAGAGCCGAGGAAGAGCAGAGGCGGAAAGUGCAGGAGGAACAGGCGAAGGCACGCGUAGCCGAACAGCAACGACGGGCUCGGGAAGAAAAAGAGAGGGAACGGCUUCGCGCUCAGCAAGAGGCCGCACGUCAAGCAGAAGCUCAACGAAAGCAAGCGCUCGAAGCUCUGGCUACCAAUCUGUUUGACGAUCCGAGGGACGGCAUGAUGAAGCAAUUCCUUGAGAACAUGGUGGAAAACUUGGUCAAAGACACACAAGCAGCACUUCUUAGAGAACAACAGGCGCGGGAUCGUGCCAGGGCAGACGAGAUGUGGCAGCGGAAGCGUCUGACUCUCGCUCGCGCCGCCUUCUAUCGGUGGGCGUACCAAGUUAACAAGAAGAAGUCGAGGGCUGAGGCGCGUCAAAUUCGGGACCGUCGACGGAAGUUAAAGACUCAGCUCGAAGCUGCAAAGAGCUCAGCGGCGAGCUCGGCAGCCAGUCCACCAGCCCAAGAAGUACAGGUCGUCGCAAAGGUCCCCAUUGACCAACCUGUUACUCCUCGCCCCAGUGGCCUCAACAAUGGCGUUUCUAGGCGAACCCAGCCAACUCAGCCACGCGCACAGCGAAACCAACAAAAUGACGAGUCGUCACCCCAACCCAUUCGCGACUUCUCGAAAUCUUACUACGAAGCCCGAGCACAAAUCAACGAGAGGCGCGUUACCGUCGACCGCACAGAGACCGACUACUUCCGCCUCCGCGCCAUGGGCAUCGACCCAAACAAGCUCCGCAAACGCAGCCACGACUCCUCCGACGAAGAAGACGCUCCCAAAGCCGACAACAAGCGUGCCCGCACCUCAAGCUCAUCGGCAGGUCAGCAAGCCCCUGUCAACUUCCGCAAGUCCCUACCGCCCCCGACCACAGACGAAGAGCGCCUUGCCCGCUUCCGCGCAAUCAAGGAGUCCAAUGCUAAACAUAAUCGCGGACACACGCCCUCUCGCUCUGUGGACUUCAACAGCAGUCGCAUGUCCACCUCCUUCAACGCCUCAAUGACGAGCCAGAUCAUCCAGCGCGCGCGGGAGUCUCUGGCUCGCUCACCAUCCCAGCUGUCGUCGACGCCAGACAGAGGCACCCCCGGGCUCCCCGCCGACAAGCCUGCGUACUGGGCGCGCGCAAGUCGCUUUGUCCCGCAGCAUCUGUACGGGCAGCCUGAGGCGAUCCGAGCGUAUCGCGCGCAGGUUGCGCCGCGGACGAGCUCGGUGCCGGAUGCGGUGGGGACGUCUCAGUCUCAGUCUCUUGCAAAGGGGGGCGAUGUUGCUAGGGUUUUGAGUGUGUCGCCGGGCUUUCUGUCCUCCCCGAUUACAUCACAACAGUCCUACUUCCCUGCCCAACAGCCGCAAUCACAAUCCCUCGUCGUUGAAGAUGAGGCUGUGUUGCUUGCAGACGACGCUGAUGGUGAGGAGGACGCUGGCUUUGACGAUUACGGGGAGGAUGGGGUAGAUGAAGAAGGCGAGUUCUACUCUGAAGACGAUGAGGAAGAGGGCGAGGGAGGGGAGUAUUCUGAAGACGAUGGAGACGAAGACGAAGACGAAGAUGCAGAGCAGUGCGCGCAAAAGCCCGGCGGGACCGAGGACGACGCUAUCGAGUUGAGCGACUAGCAGUCGCUGUUUUCGGGAUUUUAGUCUGCCUGGGGACGAGGCACUGUGUGUGGAUGUACAUAGUCGAUGCAAUUCACGCGUCGAGAGCUAGCACACAAGAGGAGGAGGGUAACACGGUCGCCAUUGCUUUCCCUUUCAUUACGGAUUAUCUGCAUAGCGACGGCGUUUUGGACCAACAUUACAACACGGGUGCAUACUGGCCGGGAGGGGACGUCUCUGUCUUUGACGUCGGCAGAGGUUGCCAGACAAAAACACGGUCAUGAUACCCACGUUGUCGUCGGGAGGAUUUGUACAGUAU